AAAUGAUCAAGCUCUCAAUGAAAGUAGAGGGGGUAAAAGGGAGCUGGUAAAUUUCCUGUUACAUGCUGGUUAUUGCGUUCAGUACUCGUUUGUUUUAUUUUUACCACCUUAGUCUUUAGUGGAACCUUAAAGGAUCCACUAAUUUCUCCACCAUCUGCUACCAAGUCCCGAGUUUGUCAUAUAGUUUAUCCUACCGUCCCGGAGGGCGUUACCAAUUUAUAUGACUUUUCUUAGAAAUAGAGAAAAAUCAUCAUUAAAGAGAAGGACAGGGAGUUUACAGCGAGUAGUAGAGCCAACCGCUGGCUUUGCCUCUAGGUGUAUGAUUUCAUCGAAGCUACACUGGCCUGUCAUAUAUAGAACUUCAAAAUUUUCGAGUAAUCGGCACAGGAAAUCUCAGCCGUUUAGAGAAACGUGACUAGCCUGAUUGUAAAAACGUACGUAAGACGCGGGAGGAGAGAGAGUGCAGCAACUGGUACUUGAUCUGGGGUAAAGAAGAUACAACAGUUUUUAACAAUCGAGCAAAAUGGGUUCUGUAAACGUGAACAGGAAUGUUUCGGACGCAUUCUACCGCUACAAGAUGCCCCGGCUACAGGCUAAGGUUGAAGGCAAAGGAAACGGAAUUAAAACGGUCAUCGUCAAUAUGGCUGAUGUAGCAAAGGCCAUUGGUCGACCUCCCACUUACCCAACAAAAUAUUUUGGCUGUGAGCUUGGCGCCCAGACACUUGUAGACUUUAAGAACGAUCGGUUCAUUGUGAACGGCUCUCAUGACGCUGGGAAGCUGCAGGACUUGCUGGACGGGUUCAUCAGGCGCUUUGUCCUUUGCCCCGAGUGUGAUAAUCCAGAGACGGAUCUCCUCGUCAACUCGAAGAAGGAAACUAUAUCGCAAGGAUGCAAGGCGUGCGGCUUCCACGGCCAGCUCCAAUUCAAUCACAAACUGAAUACAUACAUCAUCAAGAAUCCUCCGAACAUGAAUCCAGGAACCCAAGGUGCAUCGCUAACAGAAGGGAAACGCACUAGAAGAUCAAAGGCUAAGCAGAAUGGAGACGCUGGGCAAGAGGGUCGUUCUGGCUCUCCCAAGUCUGACGAUGAGCCUGGCGAAUUUAUUAACGCUCCCUCAGGCAAACAGGCUGAAGAUGAAGACAAUUGGGCUUUGGACAUAUCAGAGGAAGCUGUGCGUGCCAGAAUGCAGGAUCUAACUGAUGGAGCUAAGAACCUUACCCUCUGUGAAGAUGCUGAAAAGACAGAGAAGGAAAGGAUGGAUCUGUUCUACAUGGAGGUUAAGAAAAGAGUGGAGACAAACAGCUUGGAGGGGCAGCAGGCCGCUAAAGAAGUACUGGCCGAGGCAGAGAGAUUGGAAGUGAAGAGCAAGGCACCUCUUGUACUCGCCGAGCUGCUCUUUGAUGAUAAGAUCCACGUCCAGAUAAAACGUUACAGGAUUCUUUUCUUGCGUUUCACCCAUGACGAUACUAAGGCCCAGAAGUGUCUGCUAGGAGGUGUUGAGCAAAUCAUUGCCCUUCAUAAGGAAGCUCUUCUACCAAAAGUGGCUGCGAUCCUAAAGUUGCUGUAUGACAUGGACAUCUUGGAAGAGGGAGUUCUGUUGGAUUGGGGUGCCAAAGUGAGCAAGAAGUACGUGAACAAGGAGUUGAGUACUGAGAUCCACCAACGGGCGCAGGUGUUCCUCACCUGGCUCAAGGAGGCCGAGGAGGAGGAAGAGUCGAGCGAGGAAGAUGAAGAUGAUCUUGAGAUUGAAUAUAACGACCGCGCCAAGACAACUCCAUUGAAGGCGACCCCUAUCGCUAAGCCGACUCCCGCCGCAGCCGCUGGUGAAGAGGACGGAGACGACUUGGAUAUUGAUGCCAUUUAGAUCCAUUGCCUCUCCCACUAUCACUCAAUUCCUUUCUCACUUUCAUCUCUCUUUUUCUUUCUCUCUCUUCCCUUUCUUCUAAAUCGUUUUUAUUAUAGUCCCUUCUCUCUAUCUCUCUCUCUCUCUCUCUCCCAUCUCACUGUAUAGUGCUAUAUAUAUAAAGUAUAUAUACUUAUAAUAUAUUGUAUAGAACAAGAUCAAUUUGUUUGUGUCUUUAUAUUAUAUAUAUUGUUGGUAAUUGGCUCGAAAUAAGUUAGUAUCGAAUAGAGUUGAGCAUCAUGAUGGAAAUACAGCUGAGGUCAUUCUGUGCAAGGAAUGCCGAUAAAGAAAUAGUGCAUGCGUUAGUUAAUGAAACGUAUUGCAUCGUCAUAUGUAUAAUAGCUGCUAUUGCACAGCACGGAGAGAAAGAUCCAAUUACUACUGUCUUAUGCCUACUCGACACAAUAUAGUAUCCUUUUAAUUUUUUUUUUUUAUAGGGAUUUUAUUUUCUGCUUUUGAAACAUUAUGAAUACGGUGCCUGUUAAUGAUUUGUUAUUUAUAUAAUUUUUUUUUUUUUAAUAGUGAAAUUGAAUGAAAAGGGAGUACGAUUUUCUGAAAUAUAUAUCUAUAUUAUUUGUAAAUCUAUUUUAAUUGUACGUAAUGUAUAACAUAUGAGGUUAGGCAUUUAUUUUGUAUAGUCCCAUAUACCUUCAUUUGUUUCUGGUAUCGAGCAUAUUUGUUUUUGGAUAAAUGUAAUUGUAUUUAAUAGAUAAAAAAUGUUUCGCUUAUAUAUAUAUUUUUACUGGGUUUUUAUAAUUGGCUUUGCCGCCAUUUAUAAUAGAUUAUUAAAAUUUGUUAAAGCGAAUACAAUAAAUAAUUCUUUAAGUAAAUAUAAAUUCCUGAUAGGAGAAAUAUUUAAAUGUAUUAUUAUAUUAUUAUAACAGUUGAAUGUUAGUUUUAAAAUUGUUUCUAAAUAUAUUUACUCUUGACUGAGAGCAGA